AUGGCUCCACCAGUCCAACUAUCCCAGAUACCAACCCUUUCAGACCUCUACAAGAACGGAACACUCCAACCCUCCACCCCCGACCCCACAGACACUCCCCUCCCCACCCCAUCAGCAACGCUGAACGCCAAAGUCUCUCUAAUCCGCACCUCGAUCACAAACCUCGCCACCACAUGCAUCGUCAAUGCUGCAAACACAUCUCUACUGGGCGGAGGCGGCGUCGACGGCGCCAUCCACUCCGCCGCCGGGCCCUCCCUGCUCAGCGAAUGCCGCCUUCUGAACGGAUGCCCCACCGGCUCCGCCAAGAUAACCUCCGCGCACGCCCUCCCCUCUUCCUACAUCAUCCACGCCGUGGGUCCCAUAUACCACCGGCAUAGGAAAGCCGCCGACAAGCUACGGAGCUGCUAUCGAACCAGUCUAGAACUAGCCCUCGAAAAAGGGAAGGAAGAAGGGCAAGAUGCGAGUAUUGCGUUUAGCUGUUUGAGCACGGGGGUGUAUGGGUAUCCGAGUGGGGAGGCGGCGGAGGUGGCUGGGCGGGAAGUGAGGAGGUUUCUGGAAGAGUUGGAGGAGGGGAGGGAGAAGGAGGGCGGGUUGGAGAGGGUUGUAUUUUGUAUAUUUGAGGCGAAGGACGAGAGGGCUUAUGGGGAGUGGUUGCCCAAGAUCUUCCCGCCCACACCAGAGGACCUCUCAGCCAAAGAAGAACCCGCAGAGUCGGAAAGCCUUCCAGCAAAGCCGGCAGCUGAGGAAGCUCCAGCAGUAAGCAAAGAUACCAGCACCGGCGCACCCCAAGCCAGAAAGCUCAAAACCUCCACAGAAGAUCUAGGCAAGGACGACUGGGAGGCUGUCGAGAAGCCAAACGAGGCGACCUCGGAUGAAGCAGCGGAUAUGAGCGAGGAAGGCGAAAAGGUGGAGGCUGUAGAAUUUGGUGGGAGUGACGGAGAGAAGGUUGGAAAGUCCAUUGAGGAGCAGAAAGGGGAAUCCAAAACGGAUGCUGUACAGUCGGAGAAUAUGCUGGCGAAGGAUUGGUGA